AUGGCCAAUGUGGGAAGCAGUCUUAAUAUGGAGGAAGGACUCGGGGUGACUACACUUAGUGUUAUCUAUGCAUCUGUGAUUAUAUCUUCCAUGUUCCUUCCUCCAGUUCUUAUUAAGAAAUUUGGCUGCAAGUGGACCAUUACGUUCUCCAUGUGCUGCUACAUCACUUUCUCUUUGGGAAACUUCUAUGCCAGCUGGUUCACCUUGAUCCCCACUGCCAUAAUCCUAGGUCUAGGAGCAGCCCCACUGUGGUCUGCAGAGUCUACUUACCUUACAACGAGUGGAAAUAUUUAUGCAAAGAAGACAGGAAAACUUGGGAAAGAUGUCAUCAACCAGUAUUUUGGCAUCUUCUAUCUCAUAUUUCAGUCCUCUGGUGUCUGGGGGAAUUUGAUUUCAUCUCUGGUGUUUCAGCAGGACCCUCCUAAAGGAGAAAUCACAAAAGAACACCUGCUUCUUUGUGGAGCAAAUGAUUGUAUGACAACCAGCACAGCUACAAACAGUACUAAGCGCCCAGGAAAUGAUUUAAUCUACACCCUGCUGGGUAUCUAUACUGGAAGUGGGAUUUUGGCAGUAUUAUUGAUAGCGGUAUUUCUUGAUCAAAUUCCAAAUGAUUCAGAAGAAAAUGAAGAGGAAAAGAAUAUUCCUGUAUGGAGCCGUUUCCUGGCAACUUUUCAACAUCUUAAAGACAAACGGCAAUGUUUACUCAUUCCUCUGACAAUGUAUAGUGGAUUUGAGCAAGGGUUCAUUUCUAGUGACUAUACAAAGUCAUAUGUCACCUGUGCCCUGGGGAUACACAAUGUUGGGUUCGUGAUGAUCUGCUUUUCGGGUGCCACUUCCCUUUGUUCUUUGAUAUUUGGAAAGCUCUCCCAGUACACUGGCAGAAAAGUUUUGUAUGCAAUAGGUUCAACAAUACACCUGUCCUGCAUGAUUUUCCUUUUGCUGUGGAAACCUCAUCCCUCUCAGAAGAUUGUCUUCUUCUUUUUGGCUGCUUUCUGGGGCAUGGGCGAUGCUGUUUUUCAGACACAAAACAAUACCAUUUAUGGAGUUUUAUUUGUGAAGAACAAGGAGGCUGCUUUUGCCAAUUAUCGCCUUUGGGAGUCCCUGGGAUUUGUCAUUGCUUUUGGAUAUAGCACAUUUUUGUGUGUCUACAUCAAGCUAUACAUAGUAAUUUCAGUACUGAUUUUGUCUGUGGUGUUCUAUGGGACUGUUGAGGUUCUGGAACAUAUAAAGCCACCUGAGACUUCAGUUUCUGAAGAAAAGGAAAGUCGAGUAGAGGAAAUGGAUACUCAAACAAAGAUGUAAAAAUGACACGGUGCUGGAGGAGAUACAGUAAGAAAGUCUCAGGAUAUUUUUUUAUGUAGAAGCACCAAAGUAUUAAAUUGUUUUCUCAGAA